AUGGCAGAUCUACGGAGGUGGACGAAGAAGGAAAGGCUGCUGCGAGAUGUGGUUGAAUCGAUCAGUGAAUUCGUGCAAAACUAUGACGAUACUCGUGACAAAGUGUCAGUGAACGCUAGGCUUAAAAAGCUUGAUGAAGUGUACAAUGACUUUUGUGAAGUGCGAUUGAACAUUGAGUGCAUUCUGGAAGAAGACGACGAACUCACCGAAACAGAUGAGAAGGAAGAAGAUCAAGUGAAACGGAAAGCACUGCUGCAGAAGAUGGAUGAAUCAAACCGUAAGGUCAUGAAGGACUUUGCGAACCAGUACUUCAAUCUCAAGAACCUACUCCAAGCAUUCCAGGCUUGCCCGGGGGCAGGUACCAGCACGGCCGCAGCUUCAGUUGCGCAGCAAACACCAGUCCCAACGAUGCGAGUGAAGUUACCAGAACUCAAGCUGCCAGUUUUCCGUGGAUCUCUGAUGGAAUGGGUCACAUUCAGAGAUACGUUCCAAAAUCUGAUUGUGGACAACCCCCAUCUGUCGGACAUCGAUAGGUUCACAUACCUACGAUCAUCGCUAGCAGGUGAAGCGCUACAACAGAUCGCUUCGAUAGAUCUGACGGUAGCUAACUAUUCCAUAGCGUGGAAGUCUUUGGAAUCACGUUAUGAGAAUAAGAAGUUGCUGGUGAAAUCUCAUCUCGACGCACUAUUUGCAGUGCAACCAAUGAAGAAGGAGACGUUCGACUCUCUCAAUCAUGUUGUCAACGAGUAUGACAAGCACCUGCAAAUGCUUGACAAACUCGGCGAGCAGACAGCAGACUGGAGCACACUGUUAGUCCACAUGCUGUUGAGCAAGCUAGAUGCCACAACGCUUCGUUUAUGGGAAACGGAGCAUCGUUCAAAGGAUGUUCCCAAGUUUGACAAUUUGAUGGACUUCCUGAGAAAUCAUCGUACAGUUCUACGAUCAAUCACCGGAGAAUCAACCGGUCCAUUGGAACAGAAGAAGGUACCUCGGGUAAGCAACAGUUACGCCGGUGUUCAGUCUUCUUGUUCGUUGUGUGGUGAAGGACAGCACCCGCUGUUCCAGUGUAAGCGGUUCAAAUCCAUGAAGGUCGAUGACAGGAGAAGCACUGUGAAAUCAACUCAGCUUUGCUUCAACUGUUUGUCGCGAGGUCACGUGGCAAAAGCCUGCACUCGAGGAACAUGUCGCGUUUGUGGUCAGCGACAUCACUCUAUGCUGCACCUGAAGGCGAAUGAUUCUCCGGACAACCAGUCAAUUCCACAGUCGAACAAACGGUCGCAACAGAACCCACAGAACCCACAAUCAAUACAGACACCCACAACCUCACCAAUCAAUAAGCAAACACUCAAUAAUUCCCAGAAUUCCACAAGUCUCCCAUCCACAAUCUCCACUCCUGCUAUUCCAAAUCCGCAAAGUUUCUCGCCACUUGCCACAGACAUUCCUAAUGUGGUACUCUCUGCUAAUGUACCCAAGAGUCCACGAUCAGUUCUACUCGCAACUGCGAUCGUGGUUCUUGAAGAUCAAUUUGGGAAUACUACACAAGCUAGAGCUUUGCUAGACAGCGGUUCUCAGCUUUGCUUUAUUUCGGAGCAUGCGUCACAGCGUUUGAAGUUCAAGCGCUCACGCGAAGCACUAUCGAUCAGCGGUAUUGGUCAAGCAGCAAGGAAGUGCAAGCAAUCGGUCUUUGCUCGAGUUCGCUCUCGCGUAUCUUCCUUCUCCGGGGAAGAAACCUUCUACGUACUACCCAAUGUGACGCUGAAUUUGCCUACCCAGAAGGUGGACGCAUCCAAGUUGAAGCUUCCGGAGGAUAUUGUACUAGCGGAUCCAUUCUUCACUGAACCAAGCAACGUCGACAUGAUUAUCGGAGCGGGACUUUUCUUUGACUUGCUACGCAACGAGAAGAUCUACCUGGGAGAAAAUGGACCAGUAGCGCAGAACACCACCCUCGGCUGGAUUGUUUGUGGAAACUUGCCGGACAACUCGGACGUGCGAAGACCUCACGUUGCCAACACAUGUACGGAGAAACUGGAUGAACUUUUGACACGUUUUUGGGAGUUAGAGACGUGUAAAACGGACAGUGUUUUCUCAUUGGAGGAAUAUGCCUGCGAGAAGUUUUUCGAUCGCACUACGGUCCGAGAUGCAACAGGAAGAUUUGUAGUUACACUGCCCAAAAAGGAUUACCUUAUUCAACAACUCGGGGAUUCGAGGAACAUAGCCAUGAAGCGCUUCCUUUCACUCGAGCGCCGCCUUACUGCAGAUCCUGAGUUGAAACGGAUGUAUCGUGAUUUCAUUCACGAGUAUCUCCAAAUGGGACACAUGGAAGAAAUUGUUGGAGACGAAGAAAGUUCGGCCUUGCCGGAGUAUUUCAUUCCUCAUCAUUGUGUCAUCAAACUCGAUAGCACGACCACUAAACUACGGGUUGUGUUUGAUGCGUCGUGUCCCACAUCGAGCGGCCUCUCGCUGAACAACGCAUUGAUGGUAGGACCUACGGUGCAGGAUGACAUCAUCUCGAUCGUCCUCCGUUUUCGGUUCCACAGAAUCGCCAUAGUGGCAGAUGUGGAGAAAAUGUACCGCAUGGUACAGCAACAACUGGCUGAUAGAAGACUGCAUAAAAUCCUGUGGCGUGACAACCAGAACGAACCUAUUCGAGUGUUUCAGCUAAACACCGUCACAUACGGUACGGCAUCGGCACCGUAUUUAGCUACCAAGUGCCUCAAACGUCUAGCAGAACUAGAUGGGAACAAAUUCCCUGAAGCAGCCAAGAUUCUCUGCAAAGAUUUCUAUGUCGAUGACAUGAUGUCCGGUGUUGACGACGUACAGGAGGGAGUCAAGAUAUCCAGCGAUAUUCAGCAACUUUUGCAUGGCGGAGGAUUCAACCUUAGGAAAUGGAGCAGUAACUGUCCAGCGGUGUUGGAGAAUAUACCUAAGGAGCUUCAGGACGACCGAACAUCUUUCGAGUUGUACGAUUCUAGUGCAAUCAUCAAAACGCUGGGUCUCAUCUGGGAGCCCAGGUUGGACGUCUUUCGGUUCAAAAUACCGGAGUGGAACACAUCGGAAAUCUGUAAACGCACGGUCAUUUCUGAUUUAGCUCGAAUGUUCGAUCCGCUCGGGCUAAUCGGAACUGUGAUCGUUUCCGCAAAAAUAUUUGUCCAGAAUCUCUGGAAACAGAAGAUUUCGUGGGACGAACCGCUACCAAGUGAACUUCAAGCUCAAUGGCUGGAGUUCAGAACCAGCUUAUCGCAGCUUGGCAACUUGCAGAUUCCGAGGUGGGUUGCCUUCAGAAAGGAUUGCCUUUCGAUGGAGCUCCACGGCUUUUGCGACGCGUCCAUGAAAGCCUAUGGAGCCUGUUUGUAUGUGCGAUGCACCCACUUCGAUGGCACCAUCACGUCCAACCUACUAGUCGCAAAAUCAAGAGUCGCGCCGCUGUCCGAAGUAGAGAAGAAACGAAAGAAACUCACGAUUCCCCGCUUGGAGUUGUCCUCUGCUGUAUUACUGGCUCACCUCUACGAAAAAACGUCUGCUAGCCUCACGAUUUCAACGCAGUCGUACUUUCAUACCGAUUCCAUGAUCGUUCGGUAUUGGUUGUCUUCUCAACCGUCACGAUACCAGAUGUUCGUAGCAAACCGAAUAUCGGAAGUACAACACCUCACGAGGACCGGUACGUGGCGACAUGUUGCAGGUACAGAGAACCCUGCGGACGCCCUCUCUCGCGGUAUUCCAGCAGCUGAACUGAAGCAGGACUCGUUGUGGUGGUAUGGACCAAGUUGGCUGCGAGAAGAUAAGGAUUGUUGGCCCAAAACACAAGAAGUGCUCCUGGAAGACCUGGAGAAAUCGUACCUCGAAGAGGGAUCUGUGGUCGCGUCUGUUGCUACAAUACCAGAGCCCAGUGAGAUCUUCAGCCUGCGAUCUACUCUACACCGCUCAGUAAAACUAGUAGCGUAUUUGCUACGAUUCAAGCACAAUGCACUUCGUACUCGCGACAACUGUAGGAGAACUGGACCACUGACCCUGAAGGAGCGGGAAGAAGCAUUAAUGCAGUUGGUGAAGCUGUCACAAUGGGAGUGUUUCGCUCGAGAUAUAGCUGAAUUAGAACGUCACGGGGAAGUGCGGUCGACCUCUCGCAUUCGUACGCUUCAUCCGCAAUGGGUUGAAGGCGUACUCCGGGUCGGCGGCCGGCUUGAAAAUGCCCGCAUAUCGAUGGACCGGAAACAUCCUAUUCUCCUAGACAAAAACCACCCUCUAACUUCCAUGAUUAUGCGACACUACCACUAUGAACACCUACACGCGGGCCCGCAACUGUUGGUGGCCAGUGUACGAGAACGAUUCUGGCCGCUCAGUGCCCGUAGUCUCGCCAGGAAGAUUAUACACAGGUGCAUCACCUGUUUCCGCAGCAAGCCAACAUCACAAGAUCAAUUGAUGGCUGAUCUGCCGGCCGAACGAGUUACUCCAGCUCCGCCAUUCUUGCGAGUUGGGAUCGACUAUUGCGGACCUUUUGUUGUUCGCUAUCCGAAUCGAACGAAAAUCUCCGUGAAACACUACGCCGCAAUUUUUGUCUGCCUUGUCACGAAGGCGGUCCAUAUUGAAAUGGUUUCCGAUCUCACAACCCAAGGAUUCUUGGCUGCGUUGAAGAGAUUUGUUGCUAGGCGAGGGAAACCAGCGAUGAUCAUGUGUGAUAAUGGGACAAAUUUCGUGGGUGCUCGACGGGAGCUUGAUGAGCUCGCUAUGCUGUUCAAAAACCAGCAUUCCCAGCAGUCUAUUGCGGGAGGUGCAGCGGACAUCGGAAUUGAAUUUAAAUUCAUUCCAGCCAAAUCUCCAAACUUUGGCGGCUUGUGGGAGGCGGCUGUAAAGUCGAUGAAACAGCAUCUGCGGAAAACAAUCGGUUUGAAAUCUAUCACGCCCGAAGAGUUAAACACGGUGUUCGCGCAAGUCGAAGCAUGUCUCAACUCAAGACCGAUUACUCAAAUGAGCAGUGAUCCUAGCGAUCUCAGCGUGCUAACCCCUGGACAUUUCCUUGUCCAGCGACCACUGACAGCGGUUGCAGAACCGUCGCUACGAGAUGUUCCAGAAAAUAGGCUAUCCAGGUGGCAGCAGGCUCAGAACUUUGUUCAACGGAUCUGGUCCAGAUGGUCAACCCAAUACCUGUCAGAUCUACAUAACAGGACCAAGUGGACGCAGCGGAGGAACAACUUGUUCAUCGGGACGAUGGUCCUAAUCAAGGAGGACAAUCUGCCACCUCUUAGGUGGCUUCUCGGACGAGUAACUCACAUCCAUCCGGGUGCUGACGGGAACGUCAGAGUUGUCACCAUAAGGACAAAGGACGGGAGCAUUGUACGGGCAGUCUCGAAAAUAUGUAUCUUGCCCUUCAAAGAAAACGAAGAACCGCAGCCCGCUGGGGAGAACUAG